AUGUCUUUGGUCAAGAAGAGAAGGACAGAAAAUGGAGUGUCCACAAUAGGGAAUCAACAGGAUGGGAAAAUACUCUCCAGCACUGCAGUCGAACUUGUAGGUCAUCAAGGUGCCAGUUUGUGUGCGAAGUUUAGUAACAGUGAUGGAAACACAGUUGCAACCUCUGGUCAAGAUGGAUCGAUACUAUUGUGGAAUCUUCCAGUUAAAGGUACCAGUGCGGACGAGGUUAACUAUGGCUUGAUCUCGGGGCAUAAAUCUGCAGUUACCUCGAUACGAUGGUUCUGGGACAAUUCAGUAAUAGCAUCUUCAAGUGCAGAUGCCACUGUAGGAUUCUGGGAUGUGGAAACCGGACAAAGGAUAAGGAAAUGCGUAGGACAUGAAUUAUGUGUAAAUGAAGUGUCGAUCUCUAAGCAACUGGACCUAGUUCUAAGUGUUUCCGACGAUGGUUGGACAUGCAUAUGGGAUAAAAGAGAAAAGCAUGCAACAAUAGAAAUCGAAACUGAAUACCCUCUUCUCACUGGGACAUUCAACUCUGAAGGAUCUGUAUUUUAUACUUCAGGUAUAGAGCCAAUAAUUAAAUCGUACGAUAUCAGAUAUACACUGAAACCAUUGUGGGAAUGUAAUUCUUCACCAGUAAAUGAAUCAAUAACAUCAUUGGCCAUAAACAAUGACGAUUCCUUGUUACUCUCAAGGUCUUUCAAUGGAUUUAUAAAUACAUAUAGCGCCAAGGAGUUUGUUCCUGAAAAUAUUCCCAGAGCAAAUGCUUAUCUGUACGUUGGAGCACCUUCCGGGAAUGAACAACAGCUUAUCAGAGCAUGUUUUAGCAAUGAUAACGUUUCCAUAGUUUCUGGAUCCGAAGAUAAAACAGUAACUACGUGGGACUUGGUUUCAAGAAAGAUUCAGAGAAAAUUGGAUGGCCAUCGUAAUACCGUGGUAUCUGUUGACUAUCAUCCAGAGGAAAAGAUCAUAGUCUCCACUUCUUUAGAUGGCGCUGUAAUUGUGAGGGAAAUCUAA